AUGGUGCGAGCGUCGUCAACGCCGGCUCCAACACUGAGCCCGCAGUUCUGCUUUAAUGAGCGCCUGCUGAGAGACUUCCUAACCCUCUCCCGCAGCACAAUCGACGACUCCAUAACACAGAACCUCAACGCCCUCGUAACCCCCGCCCGCGCCGGCUUCGACCCCUCCUCAACCUCAAUCCGCCAAACCGACUCACCCGCCCACAAGACAAUAGACCCCGUCGCCUGCCAGAACUUCAAGGACAGGGUUCUCUUCCCGUCAUGGCAGACCCGCUCUGAUGUGCUUACGUACUGCGCUGGCGUCGCGACGAGCCCGGAUCCCGAGGACCCGGAUCUCCUGCUUAGGCAGACGGAGUCGGCGCGGGAUCGGGAACGGGUGGUGGAUGAGCGGUUGGAUCCGUAUAGUGCGAGAUUCUUUCCGAGGGAGGCGAGGACGGAGAGUUUGGCGAAUCUGGUGCGGAAUCAGAGGAGUGUUGAGGAGAUUAUUCGGGCGAGGACUUGGGGGCUUGUGCUUGAGAGGUGUGGGGGUGGGGUUGAUUCUUCUUCGGGGUGGGAGGAGGCACUUAAUAGGUGGCGGGAGAGGAGUCAGCGGUGA